CACACUAGCCACAGCAGCAGCGAUGGCAGACGAGACGCCCAUGGACGUAGUGAAGACUGAGAAAAACGAGCACAUCAACCUGAAGGUGGCGGGGCAGGAUGGCUCAGUGGUGCAGUUCAAGAUUAAAAGGCACACUCCUCUCAGCAAACUGAUGAAAGCCUAUUGUGAGCGUCAGGGACUGUCGAUGAGACAAAUAAGAUUUCGAUUUGAUGGACAGCCCAUCAAUGAAACAGACACACCUUCGCAGCUAGAAAUGGAGGAUGAAGAUACAAUUGAUGUGUUCCAACAGCAGACUGGAGGUUCUCCUCUUUAGACUGUUUUCUUUCCACAUCCCU